AUGGUUCUACCUCCAUCUCGACCACCAUUUGCAGAGCUACCGCUCGACAAAAACGGUCCACCAGGAAAUGCAUGGGGUCUAUAUGGCAAGGACGAUGAGCUUGGCGCACUCAACCUCAUUACGCCAGAAACCAUCAAAGCGGCAGCUCAAGAGAUUCAGACUGGUGAGCGCGUGUCACUAGACUGGUACCUGAAUCUUCCGUCGUUCCCAUCCUUCGGUCGUCCACCUUUCGGGUGGAAGAUGGAGAAUCGAAGCCAUCCAGACGGCACUAAACGAAUAGUUAAUGACGACCAUCUGGACAUUAACACACAGAGCAGCAGCCAAUGGGAUGGCUUCCGUCAUUACGGGUACCAGCAAGCCAAACGCUACUAUGGCGGGCGAACGCAACAAGACGUCGAGAACACCGAAGUUAUCGGCAUCGAUCGCAUUGCUCACUCGGGUGGUAUCACAGCUCGCGGAGUCAUCCUAGAUUACCCGCGCUACCUCGAGAAGAAAGGGAAAGAGCCUGUCCAUGCCCUUAGUGACAACCACAUCACCGCAGAAGUGCUGAAGGACAUGCUCAAAGAAACCGGCGUGCAAACCCGCGAAGGUGACGUCCUUCUCCUCCGCACAGGCUUCACGCGCGACUACUCAGCCCUAAGCACCGAAAGUCGCAAAGCAAUGGCCACCGCACCCCCGACAUUCCUCGGCGUCCAGAGCCACAAGGACGUUGCGCAAUGGAUCUGGGAGUCCGGCUUCGUCGCCGUCGCAGGCGACGCUCCAAGCUUCGAAAUGUCACCCCUCGUCGGCGCCCACAACGCUCCCGGCGGCAUCUGGAAAGGCGAAGCAUGGGAGCAGGAAAUGCAAAGGCGGCGGCCUCUUACACCAGUGGCUGCUUGGCGGCUGGGGCGUCAUGAUUGGCGAAAUGUGGGACUUGGAAGCGCUGUGCGAGAGUGCACAUGCGUUGAAUCGGCGGACGUGUUUUUAUGA